GACACAGAAGCAGGAUAUGCAGUAUAUGGAGAGCAGUUAAGGCAAUGGGCAGUGAAAUGGGGAGAAGGAGCUAGGUGUACAGAGAAAACACCCUUCCCACUAACCCCAGGAACAGUGCAAGUCUGUUCUGGAGAAUGCUUCAGAUGCAGCGUGCAUGGUCAC